AUGCACCAAGAAUUCAGUGGUGCCAUGGAGAAGAGUGAAUGUGGAACGAACGCAGAAACAGUAAAAAAUGAACUCACGGGUAUAUUGACCUCAUAUGGACACGUACAGGGCUAUGGGGAACAGGCUGUAAAAGCCUACUGCCUUGCCUCUUCGAAGAAGGAAAAGGACAAGGCAUCAUCUGAGGAGAAGUAUUGUACAUCUUUAUAUUAUUGGAUAGGGAAUGAGCUAUUCAGCACUAUGACCGACUCUACACAGUUUGCUACCGCUAUGAAAGACGUCUAUAACAAAUUGGAACAACUCAAGGGGCUGCAAAUUAAUGACAAAUGUAAGGUUAUGUAUGAAAAUGACAACAUCACUUGGGACAUUUUCAAUCACAUGAAAGCAUUAUAUGAAUAUAGGCAAGAUUACAACACCAUAUAUGCAACUGCAACUGCAGAUGCAACUACACAAGUGGAUUGCGCAGGGAGACCUAAAACUGGCAAAUGUCACUGUAAGUAUGACUAUUCCAGCUACCUAACCACCACUGUUGAUGCAUACAAUCAAAUGAGGCAACAUUGUGGAGACAGAGGUGGAAGUGGUACACAUUCUGACAAAGCAUGGUGUACUGAAUUCAAUAGAUGGUUCCACCAACAGAGGGAAGAUGUUUCUCCUAGCAGCAACUCCAUUCUAUCACCAUCACAAUUAAAGUGCAAAUUAAAAUACACCUCAGAUUGUACAAAUAUUACCAUCCCUGCUGCGGCUAUAUUUGGUACACUAACCUCUAUAGGAAUACCAACAAUUGCUUAUGCUUUCUAUAAAUACGGUCUCUUAACUUCUUGGUUUGGUAAUCACACUUUUGGAAAUAGCAACAGCGGAGGAAGAAGCAGGAGAUCGGCCAGAUCAAACUUUGAUACUCUAAGGGACAGUUCUACGGAGUAUUCUGCUAAUUAUUCAUCAGUAGCCUCAAGGGCAGCUUCCACAACAACAGAUUCGACAGAUGGUGCAUCUACCAUAUAUGAUCGUGAAUUCAUAAUUCAAAUAAAAAAGUUAAACAUAUAUAGAUGGGUCAUAUGUACUAUGGGGAAGGAGUAA